AUGACAUACACGCUCUCCGUUCUCAAGGAAUUCGACCCGUUAGUCUUGCGGGAAAUAGCUGUACGCCUCUACAGGCGCUUUCCAACUAUAAAUGGCGAAAAAUCUGCCUUCUCUUCCUCCUCUGUCGCAUUUCCUUCCGGGUUUCGCAGCCGAGGAGAUAAAAGAUUUUGCAGCAUGGAGAGCUUACAUAGCUUUUGGCAAUUGGGUGACGAGCUUCGAGGACAAACAAAAGUCUCCGAGGACCACAAGUGGUCAAUGGUCGCUUCUAAAUUGGCUGAGCAGACAAGGUCAAAGGGCGAGCGAAUGAAUAAUCUUGAUCUCCAAAAGGGCUCUGCCGAAAUUAGAGCUAGGGAUAAUGUUGGGUUGCCGGAAGACAACAAGUUUGAAGGUCUUAAUUUCAACAUGUUAAAUUUGGAGACGAAAAUGACUGAUAAUGUGAACAAAAGUUCCUUCAGGAAUGGCAUAUACAAUCUGAAUGCUGUGUAUCAGAAGGCCAAUAUUAACAGUAUGGGAACUGUGACUGCCAGCAAAUAUAGUGGCAACCACGGCAACAACAACAUUAAGGAGGCCAACAACAUCAGCAUUAACAAGUAUAAUAAUGAUAUUACCAACACAAACAAUGUUGUUGACAAAAGGUUCAAGACCUUGCCAGCUGCGGAGUGUCUCCCCCGUAACGAGGUCCUUGGUGGUUACAUCUUUGUUUGCAACAACGACACAAUGCAGGAAGAUUUAAAGAGACAAUUAUUUGGUUUACCACCAAGAUAUAGAGACUCCGUUCGUGCAAUAACACCUGGCUUACCUCUGUUUCUCUAUAACUACACCACUCACCAGUUGCAUGGCAUUUUUGAGGCAGUGAGCUUUGGGGGUUCCAACAUCGAUUCAACUGCUUGGGAAGAUAAGAAGUGUAAAGGCGAGUCAAGGUUCCCUGCUCAGGUGAGGAUCCGUGUUAGGAAACUCUGCAAGGCUUUGGAGGAAGAUGCUUUUAGGCCCGUUUUGCAUCAUUAUGAUGGUCCCAAGUUUCGUCUUGAGCUGUCCAUCCCAGAGACCCUGGACUUACUAGAUCUCUGUGAACAAGCUGGCGUUUAGAAUCCUGCUGCUGACAUAACUGACUACCCGGCAGCUUAAGCAAAUUGUGUGUAUGAGAAUGUUGUAGGGUUUGUUGUCAUGUCAGUAGUGUGCUUAUCGCAGAUUUUCCUAGAGCGCAAGCUUGGGAGGCAAGUCUGGUUUGUGGGAUCUUAUGGAGUGUAGGAUUGGCUUGUGGCCAGCCAAAUAAAAUAUAAUGUUGUUGUGUGAAGGUUUCUCAAGUAGCUUCACAAAUAUUAUAACUUUGUAAUAGUAAUAGAUGACUCUGAAGAGAACAAUUGCUAAGUGUGAGUCCUUUAAAGAAGACGACCUUCAUGUGUUUUCAUUUCGUGCAAUGGAUGAGUUUC